GACGGCUUUAACACAUCCGCUACACUCAGUCUCAUAAAAAAAUUAUUUUUGGUGCCGUUUACAUGCAACUGAAAAUACUAUAUAUCAUAUUUUAACUCAAUUAUUGUUGUGCGGUGACACCAGAUAGGUUUAUCUUAAUAUUAUUCAUUGUGUACCCCCAUCCCAUCCCACCACCCAUCCCACCACAAGACUCGUCCCCACUCAUUCCUCGAUGGAUUAUCUCUUCAUCACCCUCGCACUACUACUCACCACCGCUUUCCUCCUCACCGGUGGUCUCCUCCGCCGCAGCACCACCACUCUCCCACCCACCGUCUUCCCCACCCUCCCCAUCAUCGGCCACCUCUACCUUUUAAAAAAACCUCUCUACAGAACACUCGCUAAAAUCUCCUCCAAACACGGCCCAAUCCUCUUUCUCCGCUUCGGAACCCGCCGUGUCCUCUUAAUCUCCUCCCCUACCGCCGCCGAAGAAUGUUUCACCAAAAACGACAUCGUUUUUGCCAACCGCCCUCGGUUUUUAGCAGGCAAGAUUCUCGGCUACAACUACACCAGCUUCGGCUGGGCGCCAUACGGCGAUCACUGGCGUAACCUUCGUCGAAUAUCCACCGUUGAGAUCUUAUCAUCUCACCGGCUUAACGAGUUACACGAUAUACGCACAGAUGAAGCAAGACUUUUGGUUCAGAAGCUGAUGUCAACAUGUUCUUGUCCGGUGAAUUUAAGUUUGUUGUUCAGUGAAAUGACGAUGAACAUGAUGAUGAGGAUGAUAUCCGGGAAAAGAUUUUUUGGCGGGAAUAAUGAGGGGGAAGAAGGGAAACGGUUUAAGGAGAUAGUUAAGGAGUCGUUUUUGGUGUCGGGUGCUUCGAAUUUAGGGGAUUAUUUGCCAGUUUUGAAUUGGUUUGGAGUGAAUGGGUUGGAGAAGAAGAUGAUUGCGUUGCAGAGGAAGAGAGAUUUGUUUAUUCAAGGGUUGGUUGAUCAUCUUAGAAAAGGGGUUAUGGAACAAGUGGGAAAUGAUGAUAGUAGUAAGAAGAAGAAGAAGAAUACCAUGAUUGAAGUGUUGUUGCAGCUACAAGAAGCUGAUCCGGAAUACUAUACUGAUAAACUUAUUAAAAGCUUUGUGCUGAACCUACUGACAGCAGGUACAGAUACUUCUACUGCAACCAUGGAAUGGGCAUUCUCCCUUUUGCUUAACCAUAAACAUGUGCUAAAUAAGGCGCGGGACGAAAUCGAUACUCACGUAGGGAAAGACCGCCUUGUUGAGGAAUCAGACAUGGCCAACCUACCUUACCUCCUUUGUAUAGUGAACGAGACUAUGCGAAUGUACCCUGCAGGCCCGUUACUGGUACCUCAUGAGUCAUCAGAUGAUUGUGUGUUCGGAGGCUAUCACAUCCCACGUGGAACCAUGCUGAUCGUGAAUCAAUGGGCUAUACAUCAUGACCCUAGCUUGUGGAAGGACCCUGAGAUGUUUAAACCAGAAAGGUUUGAAGGGUUAGAAGGUAGAACAAGAGAUGGAUUUAGGUUCAUGCCGUUUGGGUUUGGAAGGAGAAGCUGCCCAGGAGAAGGACUAGCCAUGCAUAUAGUUGGGUUAACGUUGGGGUUGCUUAUACAAUGCUUUGAUUGGGAAAGAAUUAGUGAAGAGUUGAUUGAUAUGACCGAAGGUCCGGGACUCACAAUGCCCAAAGCUCAACCGUUAAUAGCUAAGUGUAGACCACGUCCAGUGACAUGCAAUUUACUAGCGGGCUUAAGAUCAUGAGAUUCAUCACUUCUUGUUAGUUAUUACACUUGUGGUUACAUGUUCCUAAAAACACUCAUUUUGGUUUGUAUAUCAAUCUGUAUGAAAGUAUCAUAAAUAAUUAUUUUUCUUUGGAAA